AUGUUACAAAAAGUCCUUGUUUCUAUUAGUACAGCAGUAUGCCAAGACGGAGUCAACAUCAGCAACAAAGAACAACAAAGUCAUCCAGAAACGCGUGCGACGCGUCUAGUGCAAGAUACGACGCGUUUCUUGCUCGUCUCAGUCAACAAGAAGGCUAGAGAUAGCACGCUGCGACAAACGCUAGCGAGAUGGAUUUACGAGGGCAUCGAACACAACGGCACUGUAUACCGGUUUCUCGGAUAUACGGAGUCCCAGGUGAAAGCCGGCAAGCUCAUGUUCUUUCAUGAGGGCGAGGGGUGGACCGUGGAGCGCAUGCUCGAGAGCUUCGGGGAUCUUCCUGGUGUGUACCUGAAGUCUGGGUACGGCAAGUAUGCCGCACGGUUGGGAUUGUCCUUCUCAUCCACGGUGCAGUCACUUGAUAUACCCUUAGAGUGUGCAAUUGAGAUUCCCGACCUCACGGCUCCGGACGGCUCUCUCCACAGCGACGGUUGCGGUAUGAUCCGUGACAGCUUCGCGGCUCAGCUGUGCGCACGACACAACUUACCGCCGGACACAACAGUGUUUCAAGUCCGUCGUGGAGGCAUCAAAGGGCUUCUAGUCCGCUAUCCGGACAAUGAGUUCGACGUGCGCUGCAGAACACACUCCCGAACGCGUGGAGGUCAUUACAUGAUCGCCUACCGCCCCUCCAUGUUCAAAUACGCUGGCGGCCCAACAUGCCUUGAACUGAACAAUCACAACUCGCCCUCAGCGUCAGCGCGGCUCAACGUGCAGUUCAUGGCGCUACUGCUCACGCUUGGGGUUCCUUUUGCGAUCUUCCAGAGACUCGUGCUGGAUCAGCUGGACCUCAUUGGAAGCAUUUUGACUGAUCGUGAGAAAGCGCUCCAGUACGUCAAGGGUGAACUGGACGCAGCUGCAGAGGACGACUUCGCUCAGGGCCUGUACGCAAUGCUUCUCGCGCGUCAGGAUCUAUCCGAGCCGUACGUAAGGCACAAGCUUGAAACCUUCCAGAGAAAACAGUACAUUACCCUGCGCAACAAGAUGAGUCUCAGGAUCCCGGAUUCUGCUUACCUCUUCGGCGUAGUCGAUGAAGCAGGUGUUCUUGCGCCGAACGAGGUGCAUGUGAAUCUACCCAAUCGGAGCGGUGUUCUCGUGAGGGAUGUGAUUGUGGGGCGGAAUCCUUCUUACUAUCCCGGAGACUUUCGGAAGCUUCGUGCCGUCGAUCACCCGUCGCUUCGGCACCAUCGCAACUGCAUCGUGUUCUCAUCGAAUGCUGCUCACUCGAUACCAGACACUAUCGCUGGUGGCGAUCUCGAUGGUGACAUGUACUUCGUCUGCUGGGACCCUUGCCUUAUCCCUCCGAGGGAGGCGCCCCCGUUUAGCCGCCCGCAGUCUGCUACUGCUGCCGCACAGGCAGGCACUGCCCCGGCUUCGGCCACUCGCCAGCUCUCUAAUAUGCCUAAGGCCGCCAUCGAUACGUUCAUGCAGCUCAAAUUCAGUAGGCUGCUUGGUAUGAUGGCGAAAGAGUGGACGCGGCAGGUCGAGCUGACGCCGGAUCUCGCGAGGUCGGCGUACUGUCAAGAGCUCGUUCCGCUCAUCGAAUCUGCGCUGGAUCUGAUGAAGUCCGGCGAGGAUUUCGCGAGGCUUGAGAAACGGUUCAAGCAGCUGCAGUCGCGCCAUGCUGGCCACAAUCUGGAUGACUUCAAGAGCCCCAUUCAGCGUCUGCGCGACCUCAUACCGGAAGGAGAAGGCGAAAAGUUGCAGAAUCUCAGCGGUCGGCACGAUUUGUCGUUGAUCCUCCGAGAUGAAGAUCCUACUCGGUGGAAUCGCCACCUAUCAGAGGCUGUGAACGUACUCCCCAGGUUCAACAAGGAGCUCUCCAAGGCCAUCAACCUUGACAGCGAUUAUGGUCAGUUACGCAGCAUAUGCGGCAUCAAACCUCGCACUUACACCAGUCACUUCCCAGCGGAGAGCUAUGCUUUGUCUGCUGAUCGUGACUCGAAGAAUCGGCGCGCAGAUAUGGUGAAGCAGUCAUACCAGUCCCUGUAUUUUGGAGGGGGCAGCAAGGAACAGCAGUGCGAGCAGCGAAUGCGAGCCUCCGCGUGGUAUUACUAUGGCUACACGCAAGACAAACCAGCGUUCGCCUGGCUUGGGGAGAGAUAUCUCAACGAAAUCAAAGCUUGUGAGCGAACCAUCCCUUCUAGCUGA